AUGGCGAGUGGUAAGAACCUACCCGAAGAGAACACCUCCAAAGGCGACGAAAAGACCGAUGACAAUGGCAGGCCAGGACUUUCCUGGCACGCCCUCUGGCUUCUUAAGCAUGAGCCCCAUGGUGCAAGUAUUGAUAUGCGCAGAUUAAAAAGAGAUAUCGACUGGAGGAGACACAAUGCCGGUAUAGCGGGGGAGACGGGGGGUGCCUUUUAUGUGCCGGAGCAAGGCAAGACGGGUCUAAUCCCUGUAAUCUUGGCGGCGGGGAUCACAGUUGGAGACUCGUGGAUGGCCAUCCCCAUGCCGGUCCCCAUCCAGCACACGAGGCCUAGAUCCCGCCACGAGAGUAAAACCAAAGCCAUGGAGGCGACUUUACUCAUCAGGACAACCGGUGAGGGAGUUUCCCAGGUGGAUCGUGGCAGAGUUCGCCGUGGGUUGUGUAUCCCCAUGGGGAGGGGCGGGAGGCCUGAGAGGGGGAAAGGGGAGAGGGGACCAUCAUUCGGCUUCCCCCAGUUUCUGCGACGCCGGGCCGGGCUGACGUUCUAUGCUGCAGUCUGUACUGAGUCUGACUGGGGGAGACUCGACUGUUUCGCGGAGAAAUGGCCAUAG